AUGGCUUCGACAGUCAACCAUCGCUCCAGCGGGUCCGAAGACUAUGGCGUCUACGACGAUGCCAAAACAUACUACGCCUCCGACGAGCGCCAUACUCGCCGCUUUGGUCUUCGCACCCGGACAUACUCGCAAAACAACCUGCACAAGCAGUUCGAGAGAAUUGAGUCUCAUGGGCCCUUCCGGCGAGGAAGCCACGACGAGACGACCAUCCUGCACGGCCGGAGAUUCCUCAUCCAAGUCGAUGCCACCCUCGAGAGUCUCCGAGCUCAGGAAGAUACCGAUGACAACAUGCAAAUCACAAUCGAGGACAACGGCCCCAAGGUCCUCGCUCUGCGCACCGCCGCCUCGGCCGGCCACAACCGCUUCGACGUCCGAGGCACCUACAUGCUCUCCAACCUCCUCCAGGAGUUGACCCUGGCCAAAGAGUACGGGCGCAAGCAGAUCAUCUUGGACGAGGGCCGCUUAAACGAGAACCCCGUCGACCGUCUCUCCCGACUCAUCCGUGACCACUUCUGGGAGGGCUUGACCCGACGCAUCGACGAGUCCACCAUUGAGAUUGCCGCCCGCGACCCCAAGGACUGGACCGACGAUCCCAGACCCCGCAUCUACGUCCCCGUCGGUGCUCCGGAGCAGUACGAAUACUACAAAAGGGUCGCCGAGGCGAGGCCCGACAUUCGUCUUGAUGUUCAGCUUCUGCCGGGUACCAUCACCCCCGAGCUGAUACGGGACAUGAACGACAAGCCGGGCUUGCUGGCCGUGGCCGUCGAAGAGGAGCGGGAUGCCGACGGAUCCACGUCGCUCAGGGGCUUGCCAUUUGUCGUCCCGGGCGGCCGGUUCAACGAGCUGUACGGCUGGGACAGCUACAUGGAGUCCCUGGGACUCUUGGUCAACGACAGGGUCGACCUGGCCAAGUCCAUGGUACUCAAUUUCUGCUUCUGCAUCGAGCACUAUGGUAAGAUCCUCAACGCCACCCGGUCCUACUAUCUCGGCCGCUCGCAGCCACCCUUCCUGACCGACAUGGCUCUCCGGGUGUACGAAAAGAUCAAGCACGAGCCGGAUGCCAAGGACUUUCUCAGGCGGUCGAUUCUCGCCGCCAUCAAGGAGUACCACAGCGUCUGGAUGAGCGAGCCUAGGCUGGACCCGAUUACCGGCAUGUCCAGGUAUCGCCCCGAAGGCUUGGGGGUGCCGCCGGAGACGGAGGCCGGACACUUUGUGCACAUUCUUGAGCCAUACAUCAAGAAGCACAACAUGGAGUUUGAGGAAUUUGUGCGGGCCUACAACCACGGAGAGGUCAAGGAGCCGCAGCUGGACGAGUACUUUAUGCACGACCGGGCGGUUCGGGAGUCGGGCCACGACACGACGUAUCGGUUCGAGGGUGUCUGUGCCAACCUCGCCACCAUCGACCUGAACUCGCUGCUGUUCAAAUACGAGACCGACAUUGCUCGCACAAUCCGGGCCGUGUUCAACGACAAGCUCGUCAUUCCCGCCGAGUUUUGCUCCGGGACUCCGUACCGGCCGGGCGAGAUGCUCUCCUCGGCAGCUUGGGACCGGCGGGCCAAGCGGCGGAAGCUGACGGUCGACAAGCUCAUGUGGAGCGAGGCCGAGGGCAUGUUCUUCGACUACGAUACGGUCAAGCAGGAACGCUGCUCGUACGAGAGUUCGACGACGUUCUGGGCACUGUGGGCCGGCAUCGCCACACCCAAGCAGGCGGCCGAGAUGGUCAAGAAGGGGCUGCCCAAGUUUGAGGCAUUUGGCGGGCUCCUGGCUGGAACGGAGAAGUCGCGGGGCGAGAUUGGCCUGGAACGGCCGAACCGGCAGUGGGAUUUCCCCUAUGGCUGGGCGCCCCAGCAGAUGCUCGCGUGGACAGGACUGCUACGCUACAGCUUCACCGAGGAGGCGGAGCGGCUGGCGUACAAGUGGCUGUUUAUGAUUACAAAGGCGUUUGUCGACUUCAACGGCGUCGUGGUGGAAAAGUAUGACGUGACGCGUCCAGUCGACCCUCACCGAGUCGAUGCCGAGUACGGGAACCAGGGCCUGGACUUUAAAGGCGUGGCCAAGGAAGGGUUCGGCUGGGUCAACUCGAGCUACGUAUAUGGGCUGGAAAUCGUCAACGCGCACAUGCGGCGAGCCCUGGGGACGCUGACGCCGUACCCGACGUUUGUCAACGCGAUUGAGCAGAUUAACCAGAAGUCGCUGGCGGAGCUGUCGCUGGGUUGA